CUACAUUACCUCACAUCUUAUCAAUCAGAACUAACGUAGCUAACGAACUAGCAAUGUACAACUUUGGGUAGAUACGUUUUGAUUAUAUCCAGCUCACGGCAGUAACAGACCAGCUGAACAUUCUUCAACAACCCGAAUAGAUAUUUGACUAUAGUAGCUAAUGAAUGCUUUCGCUAAAAUGGGACACUUUUAGGCAGUUGACGGCCGGAUACACCAGGCGAUGGUCACCUCCAUGAACGAGGAGAACGAGAGCGUGACGGUGGAGUGGUUCGAGAAUGGAGACACCAAAGGGAAAGAGAUCGACCUGGAGAGCAUAUUCUCCCUGAACCCUAAUGUGGCCCCCGACGAGGAGAUCGCCAUCACGCCCGAGACCCCGCCCCCUCCCGCUCAGAGUGCCACCAAGGUGCCCCGCAUCGCCAAGAACCGCCGGACCAUCGCUCCCCCCAAGAACGAGACCCCUGCCAGAGAAGCCCGAGCAGCGCCCGUGCGGGCCCGGCCCGACCCCCCCGCCCCGCCGCCCCCCGCGCAGCCCGUGCAGCCGCCCCCGUCUGCGCAGACGCAGGCCCAGGCCCAGCAGAACGGUAGUGUCACCGCCCGGACCGCACAGACCCCAGCAGCACUCGGGGCCCACCGAGUCUCCUCGCGGAGGAAAUCGAACUGCGUCAAGGAGGUGGAGAAGCUCCAGGAGAAGAGGGAGAGGAGGAGGCUGCAACAGCAGGAGCUGAGGGAGAAGAAGGCCCAGGAAGUUGACACGACGAUCCCCAACUAUGAGAUCAUGUACAUGAUCAGAGACUUCCGAGCCAGCCUGGACUACCGACCACUCAGCACUGCUGACCUGAUUGAAGAACACAGGAUAUGCGUGUGUGUGAGGAAACGGCCACUCAACAAAAAAGAGCUGACGGUGAAGGACCUGGAUGUGAUCACCAUCCCCAGUAAGGACGUGGUGAUGGUGCACGAGCCCAAACAGAAGGUGGACCUGACCCGGUACCUGGAGAACCAGACCUUCCGCUUCGACUACGCCUUCGACGACACCACGACUAACGAGAUGGUUUAUAGGUUCACUGCGAGGCCGCUGGUAGAGACCAUCUUCGAGAGGGGAAUGGCCACCUGCUUUGCUUACGGACAGACAGGAAGUGGAAAAACACACACGAUGGGGGGAGAUUUUUCUGGAAAGAACCAGGACUGCUCGAAAGGGAUCUACGCAUUGGCUGCGCGGGAUGUGUUUCUCAUGCUGAAGAAGCCCCACUAUAAGAAGCUGGAUCUGCAGGUGUACGCCACCUUCUUUGAGAUCUACAGCGGGAAGGUGUUCGACCUGCUGAACCGCAAGACCAAGCUGAGGGUGCUGGAGGACGGGAAGCAGCAGGUGCAGGUGGUGGGCCUGCAGGAGCGCGAGGUCAGGUGCACCGAAGACGUCCUCAAACUGAUCGAAGUGGGAAACAGCUGCAGGACGUCCGGCCAGACCUCGGCCAACGCCCACUCGUCCCGCAGCCACGCCGUGUUCCAGAUCAUUCUGCGGAGGAACAGGAAGAUGCACGGGAAGUUCUCGCUCAUCGACCUGGCGGGGAACGAGCGCGGGGCGGACACCUCCAGCGCCGACCGGCAGACCCGCCUGGAGGGCGCCGAGAUCAACAAGAGCCUGCUGGCGCUCAAGGAGUGCAUCCGGGCCCUGGGGCGGAACAAGCCCCACACCCCGUUCAGGGCCAGCAAGCUGACGCAGGUCCUGCGGGACUCCUUCAUCGGGGAGAACUCCAGAACCUGCAUGAUUGCCACUAUCUCUCCUGGCAUGGCGUCAUGUGAGAACACGUUAAACACGCUGCGAUACGCUAACAGAGUUAAAGAGUUUGGGAUAAGUCCUUCGGACAUCCCCUUCUCCCAGAACGCUGGCGGCCGCGCCGAGCUGUCCCCCACCUAUGAGUACGAUGGCUUUGCUACUUCCACACGCAGGGUGAAGGAGCUGACCGUGGACCCCAUCGGGCCCAUCGAGGGGCGCCCCAACAUCCACUCGGUGAACCAGCUGGACGUGCUGGAGGCGCAGUGGGGGGUGGGGAGCUCCCCCCAGAGGGACGACCUCAAGCUGCUCUGUGAACAGAACGAAGAGGAAGUCUCCCCACAGCUCUUCAACUUCCACGAGGCCGUGUCUCAGGUGGUUGAAAUGGAGGAGCAGGUGCAGGAGGACCAUCGAGCUGUCUUCCAGGAGUCACUCCGGUGGCUGGAGGAUGACAAGGUUCUGCUGGAGAUGACGGAGGAGGUGGAUUAUGACGUGGAAACCUACGCCACGCAGCUGGAGCAGGUCCUGGACCAGAAGAUCGAGAUCCUAACCGAGUUCCGAGACAAGGUGAAGUUGUUCCGCUCCAGACUCCAGGAGGAGGAGCAAGCCAGCAAGCAGAUCAACCCCAAGCGACCCCGCCCACUCUGAGCCCCGCCCCCCCCCCCCCACCCCUCCUCCAGGCGCGCGCUGUGCGUGGAGAAGGCGGGGCUACCCGGGUCUGAAAGUUUCAUGAAGGAUUACGUCCAUCGGCCUGUCCGCAAUCGUCUGCGGAGACGUCAAACCUGCACAAUCAAAAUUUGAAAAAAGAAAACUCACAGCAGCGCCCUCCGGUGGUCACACCACUGCAGUGCGGUCUUCGCCGGUCACCUGGGAUCGGACCGAAGAGCCGCCACUUUCCGGUCACGCUGCCCUUUGUCACAAAGUAAAGUGGAGGGAAAUCAAAAUAAAAGGCUUUUGGGGAAAAAAACGACACGCUGGACCUUGGAAACCCCAGUUAUGAAUUCCUGCCUUUUCAAUUGGAAUGAAGGACAAAAAAAAACAAAAAACAUUUUAACCCCACACCUUUUAUUUAUUAUUUUUUUGUUUUAGGUUUUUUUGUUUUGUUUUUAUCUACAUAGUAAAAUAUUUGUAUAGUGAAAGACUGUCGGCUUUCGGCUGAGCGUUAAAGGGUAUGACCGUCCUGACACAUUUGCAUGUAUCGGCUAGCAGCUGAAACCCACUCCAUCACAGCACUGUUAAUAGACACGACUUCUGGGCCAGUGUUCCUCCCUCUCCCUGUCCUCCUCCUCCUCCUCCCCCUCUCCCCUGCCCUGCUCCCCCUCUCCCCUGCCCUGCUCCCCCUCUCCCCUGCCCCGCUUCCGUUCUGUGCCAUACCGCGUACGUGACGCGCCCCCUCCCCCCCCCACCGAGUAUCCGUGGCGACACCGAACCAUUCCUUUUUCCUUUUAUUACCGAAAAAAAAAAAAAAAAAAAAAAGUUUUUUCCAACCUCAUGUGACACUUUAUUUGUAUAAAAAGAAAAGGAAAAAAAUCAGAAGAGAAAAAUACAAAACGAUGCUAAUAACAAAAGUUUAGUGCGUAGAUACUGACUUGCUGUUCGCAGAUGUUCUCCUGGUGUGUGCACCCGAUGUAUUGGCCGAGAGGCUGACAGAAUAAAGCGGGGAUUGUUUGAUUGGAUACGGGCGUCGCCUGCUUUGUGCACGGGUGAGGCGGGGGUGCGGACGGUGCGCGGGACACCGCCCGAAAUGGAGCCGCCCCGUAUGGGGUCGCGCCGUCCCACUGGAGUUCUCAGUAAGGCUGCCCCACCCUUAAACCCUGCUGUCAUUUGGGUGUUUACAGCGACACUGCACCAGGUAUUUACCGCUAAAGUAGUCCUGCACCUGUGUUAUUCCCGGUCCUGUCACCACCAGGUAUUAAUACUCAGUCCAUUGCUUUUGCAUAGCACCUUACUAAGGGCUUUACAGCGAAGCGGGAGGGGACUCUCCUCGCCCUCCAACAGUGCUUAGCCCCCCCCCGGGUGCGGCAUGGCAGCCAUUUUCAGUCAGAACGCUCAUAAGGGGACACUGAGGUCAUUGCCUUUGGUGCAUUUUUAUCUUGCUUUCCCAAGGUGGCGGCAGCCGUGCCAUAGGGGAGCUGCGGGCCUGCGGUAACUCCUCGUUCCGCUGUUGGUGCGGGUGGAGCGGUGGAGGGGCAGACGGAAUUUGGGAAUUUUCAGUACAGAGGAUAAGUGUUGCAAUUUGUCAAUAUUUUUUGGUUUCAAGUUUACGAAGUGUAAUUUGAUGUGUUCAUGCAAAUUAUGUGAUAUAAUUGACCAGGCAUUUAUAUUUUCGAUUAUUUUGUUUCGUUGUUACUCUCACUGAGUUUCUAUGUUCAGUACACAGUUCUGCACUGGCCGCACUGCGUACAACCAACUUAGUUUCCCGCCCCUAGUGGCCACUUAAUGAAUUGCAUCAAUGAAGACCCUGAAUCUUUGGCAAGGCGAAACGCGGUGCACCUCCCAAGAAGUUUUUGUUUUUCUGUACAUUUUAAGAGACCAGAAAUUUGAGCGCUUCACUUUUUUUCAUGUACUUGAUUUUCUCCAUGUACUAAACCUCCUUCCACUCCCUAACAUAAAAUACAAACUUUAUUUUAUUAAAAGUUAAAUUCAGCUGAUGCUUAGAAUGUCAGUGGGACUCCCCGGGUAAUACAAAAUGUUCUCAUAAUGCUACUGGAAUGUUCUGUCAAUGUUAUAACUUCAGUAUUUUGGCAGCUACACUGUGAGAGUGUUGUGUUCAGCUGAGUGGUAUUCGCAGCCAAGCCGCCGAACUGAUUCAAUUGCUUUCAUGGUUUAACUGGUAUGGGAGCGCACGUUUUCAAAUACCUAAGGGGUACAAAUAAAUUAAAAUACAGGAAAGAAA